AUGUCAGAAUUAUAUUUCCUGACAAUUAAGACAUGUCCCUAUAUUUUCUGGCUUCCAUUCGUCUACACAUUUGGAUUACGUGGUGAGAAAUGCGUGACAUCUUUUCAAGGAGCAUUUCUUCAAAGGCAUAGCUACAAAUCUGCUGCCGUGUCGGACAUGUUUACCUGCUAUUACAUGUGCAAAGAUGAGCAACUUUGUCAAAGCUUGAACUUUUACAGGGAGGGAAGUUUGUGCGAGUUGAACAACAGAACGCGUUCUGCGACCUUACCACUGAAUUUUAUUCUGAAACGAAAUGCAUUUUACUUGGACAAUCCGUUUCGAGGUGAGUUGAAAUUUUCGCACAUUCAUAAAUUACUUUUGUAAACUUGGAGCUGAACUGAGAUUUAAUCCUUUCUUGAGUGUAUACCUUACAAGGGAGUUGGACCCUGACUUAAAAAGGAUCGAGGCUCUGCAUUCACCGUGUAAACAAGCAAACAAGCAAACAAACAAAUAAACAACUAAUUACUUCUUAGAUAACGACAUAAAAUGAUAGUAGACAAAUUCUCAUUGGCAAGAAAGCCCUAUUGAAUAUUAUUUAUAUCUUCGUUUUAACAACACCAAAUUAAAUACACGCAAAAGACAACUACUUUCCUGACUUUUGCUGUGGUUAUUUCAUCAGUUUCGACAGGAGCCUAUUACAACAACGUUUUCACAGACCAGUUUAUUUUUAGAUAGAUUUUCCCGCAAUUUUUGAAUAUCAAACCAGCCAUUAAAAACCGGACACUAGAAAAAAGUAUUUCUGAUGUUUUGUCAACAUUUACUUCUUCUUUUUGUAAUUAUCGUACCUUGGAAUGGAUGCGUGCGCGCGCAUGAGGAACGGUGCUUCUAUUUUUGCGGGAAAAGUUCCCAAAAAUGAUACUAAAAAUAACUUGAUCUACGCCGUCGCAUAAGCUAUGUAUGGGAGUUGCCCAGUUUUACUUUUAAUUUAUUUUUUAACGAAAGAGCGACCCAGGGGUACAGAGGUCAGUUUCAACGUCCAAUCGUUCGCACUGCAAAAUACGCCUGCUUUGGAGGCUAGAAUUCACGCGAUAAGCCCAGUCUAUCCUCAAAGAUUCAUUUAUUUGCUUUCGGUGCGAGAGAAGCCGAAAGGAAUCCCAACGCAAGAAGAAUUGACUAAAACAAUGCGAUGGGACGUUUUGGCCUCUGUUUCAUGCUAAAACAGUUGCCACUUGUAUCGAAAGCAGUUACUACCUGAAAUAAUUACCCCCGAACGAAAUAAAAAGAUUCGUUUGCUUAAUUAUGAUUCUGUUUGCUACUGGUAAAAUAUCUCCUUACGGUAAUCAAGUUUGACUGAUGCCACUAUAUUUCUAGCGAAACAAUUUUAUACAGUCAUAGCCAAUUUUUGUUCGAGCUGCUUCACUCUAGCUUUAUACCAAACCGAAGUUGUUCAGAACACUGUAUAUGCCGAUUCCAUGGCAUUCAUCUUGCCUGAUAAUGCAAUUGCUAAAAGUAAACAACAGUUUUUGCUCACGUUAUCUUUAAUUUGCACGCGAAAGGUAAUAUUCAUUAUUCAUUCCUUCUUUCGCUAUUGAAACUAAAACAGUUUGACGCAGUUUUUAUUUAUUGUGUCCAACUGUUUAUAUUUUACGGUUACUUUAUGCACAUGGCGAUGAUGAAAUAUAAUGAAAAUCUUCCUUUGUUGAAGUGUGCCGACAAGCAGCUUUUACCUCGGUAGACCGUUAGCUCUUCGCCCUUUUUCCAAAUGUAUCAAGAGUUCGAUGAACCACAUUAUAUUAAUCAAUCUAUGUUUCAUUUGCUGACCUUAUUUCAGUCGUAAUUUUUGACGAACACGACUAUGAAAUAUUUUCAAUUAACACUUUGUUUAUCCCUUAGCACUUUACAUUAUUAGCAAUUUAUGUCUUUUGACAGCGUUUCUAGGUUCAACAUUUUUGCUUCCCGCUUCGUCGUGUAAAGAAAUUAAGGACGCAUCCGAAGGCCUGGCGCCUAAUGGACGAUACUGGUUGGACUCGGGAGGGCAUGGAGACCAACCUUUCGAUGCAUUUUGUGACAUGGAAAAGGAAGGUAAUUUCCCAUUUCAGAAACUCCAGAGAGAAUGGGUACAAGCUUUGGAGGCAGUGAUUUCUGGGUUUGUUUGGGUGGAAAAACGUUGGUUAUGAUUGGUCGAUGAUUUUCAAGCUGACCCUUAACCUAUCGUAUAUGAUAGGUUAAGGGUUAGCUUGAAAACCAUUCACUGAAACAAUCCCAGAAAUCAUUGCGCCGAAGACUUGUACCCAUUCCCCUGAUAGUUCCAGGAAUAAUGAGAAUAGACACUUGCGCUGGCACUGGAACUCGCACGCAUUUUGAGACAAGUUUUAGAGGUGGUCAGUUACUAUGGUUAAGAGAUAUGACGUCGUAAGUAGCAUCUGCGGUGAAGCCAUUUUUGAGUGAAAAUGCAUGUUUUCUCAGCUUCUUUCAACAAUAAAAUUAUAGAUUGUGGCUAAAAUGAUACAAAGUGCUUAUUCAUAUGUUAUUUACAUGUCAAACAGAAAAAAUUACGAUCUCUUACUGUUUUAACCUGAUUUAUAAUUCUUGGUAAAAUCCAAGAUGGCAACUAUUGUUGGUGACGUCACGGGUCUCUAGCAGCGCCACCACCCAUAAAAUAUACCUCAUCUUGUUGAGAAGAUCCAAGGCUUUCCACUGAAGGCAAAAUCGUUUCGAAAUACUGCAACAUAUCAAAACCUCCGGGGAGGUAUUUCAUCAACUCCCCUUGUACCACGGUAGGGGUAUGAAUUUGCGUGUACCCCCGAGGGUCAUAACAUCGCGAUCAAUAAGAAAGCGACUGUCUAGAGACAAGGGAGAAGAUAGCUUAUUAUACACACACUACGAUGAGUAUAUUUCAUUAAAUUAAAAUCAUUAAAAAAGGUAUACAAAAAAAGGUGGAGAGAGAAUUUCCCAUGUUUGAAUGCCUCACUGUACUUUAUUAAUCUGUGAUUGCUACAAGGAUUAGAGAGUAAUUUCAAUAUAUUUGUACUUUCUUCAAAGUCGUUGUAGAGUGCACAGGCAACCCAUGUCAAAACGGAGGGACCUGUGACUAUCAGGGGAAGGGACAGUACACUUGCCGGUGCGUAGCAGGGUACGGUGGAAUACAUUGUGAAGGAGGUGAGUAGACAGCAUUUGAUCCUUAAUAUAAAUUGAGACCACUACAUGAAGGUAAAUCUACAAAUUUGAUCUUUAAUUGAAGAUGAUGAGUGAAUGAUCCCUCUUAUGAGGAGAAACGUCCAAUUGAUAGAAACCCUUUCUUUCAGAUACAAACAUGUGUUCCAGCAAUCCAUGUCUGAAUGGGGGAACGUGCACGAAUAUUUUGAAUGGUUACAUCUGCACAUGCUCAUCACACUUCUCAGGCCCGCGUUGCGAGGUUGCUACAGGUAAGUUUUUUUUUUACUCCACCAUGAUGACUAUCACAAAAUCAGAUUAAAAAUAGUUGCUUGUUUAAUCUGACAUUUUGAGAGAUAAUCUUCUCAGAAACAGUUCUCUGAUAUUAGAUUGAGACGAAUUGGAAGAAAAAAAACUUAAAAACCUCUUCUUAGGAAGCAAAGUGGUACCGAGAGGGGGAGGGGUUAGUUAAAAAUUUCCCCACUAUUGAGCUUUUUUGCAGUGUAAAUAAAUUCUGGAAGAUUAUGCCUUAAAAACUAGUAAUAAUUUGCGGGCGAGCCCUAUGUAAACGCUCCUGUUCCAAAGCUGUGCUUUGCGUAAGUUUCCCACGAUGGAAGGAUAAACGCGCGCGAUUAGAUUACCCUCUAAGAAUUUCAUUCAUUUUCAGUGUAAGUCCAAACGGGCAGCCUUUAUGAGUGCUGCGCAUGUGUAGUAGUGACCUGGAUAUUAGGAUUGCGGGCUCCUCUGGUCCCCGCAGUUAAUGAAAGACUGCGGUUUGUUGUACAGUUUGACUUAUUUAAGGGAUCUGGCACUGCUGGAAACUUGCGACCCACUUUAUACGUGCACUUCGCGGCUUACACACUUUGUUAGGCAGAUUUAAAGCAAAAAACAACCGCGACCUUAGUGACGAAGGCGUGCGCAAGGUUAAAAACCGGCGCAAGUUGCAGUUAGUCAUUUAUUUGGUACAAGACCACUAAGGAACACACUCCCAUCAUUUAUAUUGUAAAUUUUCUUUGUUUGUCUUGCCCCUGUUCGUGCUCUUUUCUCCAGCAUCGUUGUCUAUUUCACUAUAUCAUUCGGAUUCCUCGAUUCCUAGAUAUAAUACUGUAACAUAUGGUAAACAUUAUUUAAGGUAUCUUGGGCCUAGGUUAUGGCGAAAACUCUGAACAUCUUUAAAUGUAGAAUUCGUAAAAAUGAUAUAAGCUCAAUGAUAGAUGAUGGAUGUAAGAGCUGUUCUCUCGGCACAUUAUAACUAUUUACUUCUCUCAGUUAUUUUAGAUUAUCAUUAGGGUAUAAUAUAUUAUGCGUAGUUUAAUUAUUUUUUACUUUCAUAUUUUAUAAGUAAUUCCAAUUAAUUGUGUCCCCAAAUUAGUAUGGGUUUGUUCCCAAGCUAUACGGCUCCGACACAUUAAUAACGUUUUCUAUUCCAUUCUCUAUUCUACCACGUGAACGACUAACUGCAAAGAGCCUGUGAGCAUUCAACCGUCCGCUUUCAUUUUCUCGUUUGACGUUGCUUUGUAUUUGCUUAAUCUACCUGCUUUGUUAAUAUUCAACAUUUGUAGGUUCUGAAUGCAGCUCUUACACACUGAACAACGAAACCGACCGCAGCGUGUUAUUUGCACAAGUUGGUGCGAUAUACAAAUGCGACAAGACAUUGGUUACAGCGUGGUACCGCUUUAAUAGCACCGCAGGCACUAAAAUGCCCACCACGUGCGUGUCUAAAAACAAGUGCAACACGCAUGCGACGGGAUGGCUGAAUGGCGUACACCCCACCACCCAGGAAGGCAUUGUCAACAGACGUCUCUGUUUUCAUUGGAGCAGCAACUGCUGCAACUGGGAGAUAACAAUUAAAGUCAGGAACUGUGGACUGUUUUAUGUGUACAGACUAGUUAAACCACCACACUGUCAACUCCGUUAUUGUGUCACUAAUUGA